UGUUAUUUAAUUCGUGAUUGUAUCAUCUUUGGUAAUCUAAUUUUUUAUUAUCAUGAUAAAAAAUAUUAGGUGCGUCAAAAUAUCUUGAUAUUGAGAUGUAACGAAUUUAUCCUAUGAUCAUGAAACAUUGAAAAUUAUUUGGAACUCAUAAAAUUACUGCCACACGAUGGCAGAUUCUAAGACCGAAGAAACCAUAGCUGACAAUGGAGACGAUGAUCAGUGGUUAUAUGGGGACUCGAAUUCAAACCUCGACCCUGUUGGUACAUCAGUUCAAGAUGUUAAACCAACUGAUUUUAUUGGUAUUGUGGCAGAUGAGGAAGCACGUCUUAUGGAAUUCUUGGCAAAUCCAGGACCAGGAAGCAUAGAUGUGCCUCCUCCUGUGAAAGAAUUGAUUAAUGAUGAUCCUAAUCGACCACGUAGUCCAGAAAUAUUUUUAGGAGGAUCAGGAAUUCAAUCUGAAAGUUUAGUUGAACCUCUUAAAGAUUCAGUUGAAACUAACACAAUUGAAACUGCAACUGAAGAAGACUCGGAUGCUCCUGAAAAAAUUACUGAAGAAAACAAUGAUGAUAAAGAAAUAUCAUCUGAAGACAGUGAAGAAGAUAGUGAUGAUGAUAUUGUUGUAGCAGCUGGAAAUUUUACUUUGUCUUCAAUGGAAACCAAUAUGGCAUCUCUUUCCCAACAAAAUUCAAGUCCAUCUACUGCUGGAAUAAAUUUAAAACGGAAUAACUUACUAACAUUAACAAAUAUACCGGGAAUGUCAGCUGGAAGUAAACAUCAAGGAAAAUUUAAUGUUGAAGAUUUUGAAAGUAUGGGCACUAUAAAUGGUGUUCCUGCUCACGAGUAUUCUAUUGAAACUACUGAAGAAAAACCCUGGUUAAAACCUGGUGCAGAUAUUACUGAUUAUUUUAACUAUGGGUUUAAUGAAAACACAUGGUUAGCAUACUGUGAACGUCAAAGGAAAAUGCGUUGUAAUGAAUCAUUAGUUGGAAUGGCAACAUUGGCUAUGCAUAACCAACAAACUUCUACAACAACAGCAAAUAAUAAUUUGAUUCCAACCUUAGAUGUUAAAUCUAGCCCUAAAUUUCAAACACCAAAUCCUCCGCCCAAGGAAAACACAAUUGAAGUAAUGACAGCUGAGAGGAGAGAAUACAGCCGUAAACAUUUUUCAACUCCAGAUUUAUCUGUACCUCCACCGAUAAUUCCAACUAAUUUUGAUGUACCUCCACCAAUGAUUCCAAGUUCCAUAAAUUCAAUACCACCACCAGGAUUUGCUCCUCCACCACUUAACUAUGAACCAGAAUAUUAUCCACAUGAACCAGAUCCAUAUUAUAAUGCAUUUGAACCUACUCAAGAUAUGCAAUGGAAUCAAAGUUGGAAUUCCAACAUUAAAAGUAUAGAGAACAUUCCCACGCUGGCAAAUGGAGAUUCUUACAACAAAUCAAGACCUGAUUUGGUAAGAGAUAAAGAAUAUUAUGCCUCCCGUGUUAAAAAAGAACCAGAAGAUCGAGCAUAUGAACGAGAACGUGAAGGUCGUAAUCGGUACCGUGAAAGAGAUCGUGAUAGGGAUCGUGAACGAGAACGUGAUAGGGACAGAGAACGUAGUAGACACAGAGAGAGUGAUGGUGUUGAAAGUCCAGAAACAAGCUAUAAAGAAGAAAGGGAAUAUAAACACAAGUCUCAUCGUCAUCGUUCUAGAAGUCGUAGUCAUGAAAAACGUUCUAGGAAACACAAGUCUCGAAGUAGAAGUGGGUCUAGACAUCGUCACAAAAAGAAGAAAAAGAAGUCUGAAAAGAACAAGGAAGAGGAUAAUAGUGAAUAAUUUAUACUAUUGCUAAUAAUGUAAAUUUAUACAAUAUUUUUAUAUUUUAUUAAUAUUAUUUUCACUUCA